ACAAAAAAAAAAACUGAGUACCUCUUUCAAGCAAUUGAGCCCCUAUUUUAAGCAACUGAGUACCUAUUUUAAGCAACUGCACCAAUUUUUAAGAUUCAGCAUUCCUUCAUUGUUUGGAAGACAAUUACUAAUUCAUAAAAUUGAUAAUCUUUUUCUAGUUUUUUUUUAGAAGAAUGUUGUUUUAUCAUCAUUUGACAUUGACUUUUAUUUAAGUUUUUUUUUUUUAUUUCAUCGUUGCUUUUUAAAGACAUUGUGUUUUACACUCAAAAAAGAAAAUGCAAGUGUGUACAACUGAAGAACUACAACCAACUGUGCCUUCACAAAAACCAACCGAACGGUGCUCUCUUCAGUAUCGCACACCUAAGAAACCCGUGAUUAUUCCAUAUUUGGAUCAAUAUUUUUCCUCUAUUGAUGAAGAAACUAGAAAAAAAUGUCACGUCACGUUUGUUGAUGAUUUUCUCCCUCCUGGUGACGGUGAACGAAUGACUGAUAUUCUUUGGGACGUUGCGCGGACGUUAAGCACAGGUCUUAUGGAGGAGAACACUCUCACAUACGGAAACGACCAGCUGAACGAUCCCUCAAAGGAUCACUCGAACGACCGCGCAAACGACCACGCAAGCGAUCAGUUGAACGAUCCCUCAAAAGAUCACUCGAACGACCGCGCAAACGAUCAGUUGAACGAUCCCUUAAAGGAUCACUCGAACGAUCACUCGAACGAUCACUCGAAUAUUUCAAAAGCCUGUAUUCCUGCACAAGAGACUCCAAAGCAGACAGAAAAGAUUUCCUCUUAUCAUGUUACAGUAGAAGCUCAGCCUUCCCACACAAUACAUGAAAAAUUACAUUCCCAGCUUCGAGCUAUUUUUAAUACAUUGUACCUUCCUUGUCCUGAAUUAAUUCCCGAUGCUCAAGAGGACCACAAAAAUUAUUAUAAAAUUGGGACGUCUGUAUGUAUAUGUGAUUUCUUUGAUCAAACCCUUAUGAAGUUACUUAUACAUUUCAAUAUUCCUAUAUUAGCAGAAACUUGUAAAAAUUUAAUUUCGCCCCAUAAUCCUUCGAGCUUUUUAACAAUCCUCGCUCAACAUGCCAAUAUAUCAAGCUUUUCUGUUAAUGAGUAUUUGCAAGAGUCAACUGAUAUAGAUAAAAAAAAAUUAACGAGUACAUUACCUUCCGAAACGGGUUUAGGAUUUUUAGCUCGUGAUUCAGGCGGCGCUAUGGAAGAAACGCUAGGAAUAAUACGGUUUCAAUGUAUUACGAAUAAUCGGUUACCCGAAAAUCUUGUGCAAUUAAUUACUUUGAAAAACAUUUUUUCACGCCAAUUACCUAAAAUGCCAAGAGAAUAUAUUGUUCGCUUAGUUUUAGAUCGAAAUCAUUAUUCCUUUUGUUUACUCAAAAAUAACAAAGUUAUUGGUGGAGUUUGUUUUCGUCCUUUUUUUUCACAAAAAUUCGCCGAAAUUGUAUUUUUAGCUGUUACAUCUACAGAACAAGUCAAAGGUUACGGAACUCGACUUAUGAGUCAUUUAAAAGAACAUGUGAAGAAAGUUGGAAUACGUUAUUUUUUAACGUAUGCAGAUAAUUUCGCUGUUGGUUAUUUUCGUAAACAAGGUUUCACACAAAAAAUAAGUCAACCAACAAGUCAAUGGGCUGGAUACAUAAAAGAUUAUGAUGGAGGAACAUUAAUGGAAUGCCAUAUACAUGAAUCUAUUAAUUACUUACGUCUUCCUGUGCUUCUUAAAGAACAAAAAGAACGGGUCAUACGUAAAAUAGAAGAAAAUCAACCCAAGAUUGUUUAUCCCGGCUUGACGUACUGUCUCUUUAGCUCCCUUUUUUUAUUUUACGACUUGAAUUAUUAUUUUGUGGUAUUCUUUAGAUGGUGGAAAGAAAAUCCUUCUUAUAAACCUAAUCCUCUCUCAAUUCCCGGUUUCAUUGACAGAGGAUGGAAAGAAACUCCUUUUAAUAAGUCCAAAGAACUCAAGCCAUUAUCAGAUCAAAUUCUUCAACUUCUUGAGUGUUUAUGGAAACAUGAGAAUUCUUGGCCUUUUCGGAAACCUGUUACGAGUAAUGAAGCUGCUGAUUAUUAUACAAUUAUAAAAAAACCAAUGGAUAUUUCUACAAUGAAAAAAAAAGCUAAAAAUAAUGAAUACAAAUCCAAAAGUCAAUUCGGUGACGAUCUUCUUCUCAUGUUUGAUAAUUGCAGAUUAUAUAAUCAUAUCUCAACUAUUUAUUACAAAUAUGCUAAUGAACUUCAAGGAUAUAUUUGGCCUAGGUUUAAUGCGAUUCAUGGAGAAGAAACAUAAUAUAGAGGAUUAGCAGCGCUAUCGAUUGUCGGGACAGAUGGCACAGAUAAUAGUUUUAUAAAUAACAAAGAAAAAUAAUUGAACCUUAAAAAAUAGAAAUGAUUAUUCCAAUAAGAUGUUUUACAUGUGGAAAGGUUGUUGGACAUAUGUGGCAAAAAUGGUUAAAAAUGAUUCAAGAAGAUACACCAGAAGGUGAGGCUCUUGAUUCUCUUGGAUUAACACGGUAUUGUUGUCGAAGAAUGUUACUGACACACGCUGAUUUAAUUGAAAAAAUAUUAGCGUACAAUAUUUAUGAAAAACGUGAAGACCGUGUAACGAAUUUAAAACAACCAGUUUGAUAAGAAGUCGUAACAAUUUUUUGUUCUUAUAUUGCAAUAAACCUAUUUUUUGGUAAUGAUUAUUUUACUUUUGUAUAUUGUACGAAUUCGAAUUAGUCAAUAACUUGG